AUGAAUGACUGCGCUUUAAGAAACGACUGGCUGCCCGCUGUGCUAAGACCAGUACUUAUAAUCGAGUUCAUCGUCGGACUCCUUGGGAACGGACUGGCCCUUUGGAUCUUCUGCUGGCGCAUAAAGACCCUGAAGUCAAGCACCGUCUACCUGUUCAACCUUGCCGUGGCGGAUUUUCUUCUCAUUGUGUGUUUGCCUUUCCGCACCGAUUACUAUAUAAGAGAACGAGACUGGAUCUUCGGUGACAUCCCUUGCAGGGUCAUGCUGUUUAUGGUGUCCCUGAACCGAGCGGGGAGUAUUGUGUUUCUCACAGUAAUCGCCGUGGAUCGUUAUUUCAAGGUUGUGCAUCCCCAUCACAUGUUCAACGUGCUAUCAAAGAGCUAUGCAGUCAAGAUUUCACUUCUGCUUUGGGGUCUGACUGGAGUAAUGACCGUCUAUUUAAUGACGGAAUCCCAUUUAGAAGCGGAAGGAGAACAGAACUCCUCUGUUCAGCACUGCGAGAGUUUCAAGUUAGGCGCAAGAGCUGUCGGGACGUACCUGUGGCACAUCACCUUCUUCAUUGCAGAAUUCAUCGUCCCGCUUUGCAUCAUUUUCUCCUGCACCCUGUGUAUCUCGAAGGAGCUCAGGAAGCGGGGCAUGACUAAAGAUCAACGGAUCACACGGGCACUGCAGGCGGUGCAAGCUGUUGCUGGAGUAUUCAUCUUUUGCUUUCUGCCCAGCAGCGUUGGAAUUAUAGUCGUCAUGAUCGCUAAGAGUCUAGGGAACUGUCAAGCGUACCAACUCGCAGGACAAAUAUUUUAUACCAGUUUGUCACUAACCUACUUUAACAGCAUGUUGGACCCAGUUGUCUAUUACUUUUCAAGCCCCACUUUUAGGCAAGCACUAAAGAAUGUCACCUCUAAAAAAGAACACAGUAAGCAGCGGGGAACCAAUCGCUCGAAAGAGUCGGAUACCAGCAGUGUUUAAGACAUGUCAAGUGUAAAGAUGGACGCGAACGCUACUAAUUGGCAAAAAAUGACCUAGUACUUUGAAAUCAGGAGUGAGUGCGUCGGAAAAGAAAAAUGAUACACAGUGGGGCUUGCUUUGCUGAUACGCAGGUAUUCUGUUACACACAAGUCUGUAUUAUCUUGCAGCCCAUUGGCUGCAGAGAACAAUUAGUUCCCAAUCUGGGUGGGACACACCAACACAAGGUGUAUCUUUGCCUUUUUUGACAAUGCCGAGUUGAAACUGAUUAUUAUG